AUGACGCCGAAACGAAAGAGAGACGGCCCUCAUCCUCCUCCUCCAGCGCCGCAACGACCUGAUGCCCCUAGACGAAGUAGCCGAAGACUGAGGGAUGCUGCCGCUGCAACUACAACGGAUCAUCUCGCAUCUGACAAGAUGGACAUUGACAAGGAUAGCAAGAAAAUCAAGUGUGAACUCCCCAAAACACGCAACCACAAGGCAGUAUGGGAUACAGGGGAGGGCGUUGAGGAAGCCAUGCGCGAGUUGAGCGAGAUGGAACACAAACUACAGAACGCCGUGAGGAGACAACGACUGGCGGUUGAAUCUUCAGAUCUUCAUGUCAAAGUAGAGUCGGUCAUGGAACGAGAUAUUCGACCCAAGAUGCGAACACCACCACCCAAUGACAUCAUCCCUUCCACCUGCGGACGAAAUGCGGAGAGCAUUGACAAGGCCCCCAUGGAUGAUUAUCAGGCUGAGCCAGCGGCAGGUGAUAUUGUUGACGCCAAGGCCGACGAUGAGGGUUUUGAGAGAGGCGCAAACAGACCUCCCCCCGUCAACAGCGACAGACUUCCCCUGCCGUGGUCGGGGCGGCUUGGUUAUGCCUGCUUAAACACAUAUCUGCGCACUGCAAACCCUCCGGUCUUCUCCUCGAGAACCUGUCGGAUCGCAUCCGUCCUCGACCAUCGACAUCCCCUCCAACAUCCUUCAGAGCCUGGACACCCGACAAAGAAUCGACCCGACAAGAGUAAGCCAGCGGAUCCCGAACGAGGGCUAAAGUAUGUGCAAGAGCUGGGACUGGCCAACGCGAGAGAUAUUGUCAAGAUGAUUCGGUGGAACCAGAAGUACGGUAUCAAGUUCAUGAGGCUCAGCAGUGAAAUGUUUCCCUUUGCAAGCCACGAGGAAUAUGGGUACAAGCUGGCGCCCUUUGCAGCUGAUGUCCUAGCCGAAGCUGGCAAAGUUGCAGCAGAACUAGGACAUCGCCUUACGACACAUCCUGGCCAGUUUACCCAGAUUGGAAGCCCACGGAAGGAAGUUGUUGCAGCUGCUAUUCGCGAUCUUGAGUAUCACGAUGAGAUGCUCAGUUUGCUCAAGCUCCCUGAGCAAAUGAACCGCGACGCAGUCAUGAUCUUGCACAUGGGAGGUACCUAUGGCGACAAGGAAGCAACUUUGAACCGGUUCCGCGAAAAUUACGUCAAGCUGUCGGAUGGCGUCAAACGGCGACUGGUGUUGGAGAAUGACGACGUUGCGUGGAGCGUCCACGAUCUACUCCCUAUAUGUGAGGAGCUUAAUAUUCCACUGGUACUGGAUUAUCACCACCACAACAUCAUCUUCGACUCGAGUAUUCGAGAAGGCACUCAAGAUAUCAUAGGUCUUUAUGACCGCAUCAAAAAGACAUGGACAAGAAAGAGCAUCACCCAAAAGAUGCACUACAGCGAGCAGACUGCUGGCGCUGUUACCCCACGAGAGCGCCGCAAACAUUCUGCGCGAGUCAAGACGCUGCCGCCCUGUGCCCACGAUAUGGACCUCAUGAUUGAAGCUAAGGACAAGGAGCAAGCCGUCUUCGAGCUGAUGCGCACCUUUAAGCUGCCAGGAUGGGAUACCUUCAACAACGUUGUUCCCUACGAUCGCGAAGACGAGUCACGAAAGGCCAUCAAGAAGAAGCCCAAAAAGGGGAAGAAGAAGACCAACGGCGUCAACGGCGUCAAUGGCGUCAACGGUGAGGUAGAAGAUGAGAUAGAGGUGCCUGAGAAGAUCUUUCUUCUCUGGUUUAAAUCACUCCCAGGGGCCUCAUUCUCAGACGCCAUCAAGAUUGUCGACCUUCGAGACCGCAAUGCGGGCCGUGGUAUAAUUGCCCUACAGGAUAUUCCUGCUGAGACGACACUCUUUACCAUCCCUAGAAAGGGCAUCAUCAAUGUUGAAACGUCAGAGUUGCCCAAGAAGCUUCCCGACGUCUUUGACCUCGACAAGCCCAUUGAUGACGAUGAUGAGGCGCCGCGAUUGGACUCAUGGAGCUCUUUGAUCCUUGUCUUGAUGUACGAGUACCUGCAGGGUGAAAAGUCACAGUGGAAGCCCUACUUUGACGUGCUCCCCUCCUCGUUUGAUACGCCCAUGUUCUGGUCCGAGAGCGAACUAGACCAGCUACAGGCCAGUCACAUGCGUCACAAAAUCGGCAAGGCGGACGCGGAGAGCAUGUUCCGCAAGACUCUUCUCCCCAUCAUUCGAAAAAACUCGAGCGUAUUUGGCGGCGAGAACCGAAGUGAUGAUGAUCUUGUCGAGAUUGCGCACCGGAUGGGCAGCACCAUCAUGGCGUAUGCUUUUGAUCUCGAGAACGAUGAAGAUGAGGAGGAGGAAGAGACGGAUGGCUGGGUGGAGGAUCGAGAAGGCAAAUCCAUGAUGGGCAUGGUUCCAAUGGCCGACAUUUUGAAUGCCGACGCGGAAUUCAAUGCGCAUGUGAACCACGAGGAAGAGAGCCUCACGGUGACCAGCUUGAGGCCAAUCAAGGCUGGCGAGGAGAUCUUUAACUACUACGGACCGCAUCCCAAUUCGGAACUGCUCCGGCGAUACGGCUAUGUGACUGAGAGGCAUUCUCGUUAUGACGUUGUUGAGAUUCCCUGGGACGUUGUGGAGUCAGUCAUGAGGCUCAACUUUGGCAUUUCUGGCCAAGUACUGGAAAAACUGCGUCACGGUCUCGAAGAGGAGGAGGAGUUUGAAGACACAUUUGUGCUGGAGCGUGAGACUGGAGAGGUGAACUCGGAUGGCACAUUUUCAGGCCCUGCUCGGUUCGAAAGCAUGCCCGAGGAUCUCCAGGAGCAGCUCAAGACGUUCCUCAAGGGGGUGAAGAAGGCUCAGCCUGAAGCCAUUCCCGACAAGCGAAAACGGGACGAAAUUCAUCAUGCUGUCCUGGCCAAGACAUUGCAAGCUCUUGCAUCGAAAUACCCAACAAGUACCUCGGAGGACGGAAUUCUGCUCCAGAGACAGGACCUCAGCCAGCGGACCCGCAUGGCUAUCGAGGUCAGACUGGGAGAGAAGAAGUUGCUCCAAGAAGCGAUCGCGUCGACAUCCUCGGUUGACGUUGAAAUGACAGUUGAUGAUGAAUCUGGACCAUCGAAGCGGGCAAAACGGUCGGGUUGA